UGGAAAAAAACCUCAGUAACAUGCUGCAAUAUCCGUUUUAACAUAUUUAAGCUGUUAUGACUGUUACGUGUUUUCAGAGUUACUGUUUGCCACACUUGUGAGUUUUACUUUAUUGAAGAAUGGAACAUUGCUUUUGAAGGGACACGUACAGUGCUCAUCAGAAGUUCACUCACCAUGUUCUACCUGCUUAAGACAUCUGCAAUAGCCCUUCUUUUCUUUAUCCACAAAGCCUGCUCUGAGUGCAAUCACGCUCAAUACGAAAUAGAUGGGAAAUGCUGCUCAAUGUGUUCCCCUGGAACUCAUGUUUAUAAGCAUUGUGGAAAAGACAUAGACACCAUGUGUGUAGAUUGUGCUGCAGGAACUUUCAGCGAUCAGCCCAAUGGUGUCAUUAAGUGCCGGCCGUGCACAGCUUGUGAUGAAGGUCUUGGCUUAAAGACGGUGAAGGAGUGUAAACCCUCUUCAGAUGCAGUGUGUGGAGUCCUGGAAGGGAACUAUUGUAUUGAUUCUUAUGAGGGAGGAUGUAGAGCAGCACAGAAACACACAACCUGCAAACCUGGACACUUCAUCAAACACCCUGGAACAGACUUUACUGACACCGUGUGUGAGAACUGUCCUGAAAAUUCUCACUCGGAUGGGUUUUCUACGUCCUGUACACCACGCAUAGAUAGGGAACCUAAAGGACUGCCCAUCGACACACCAGAGGACAAUGUGUCUGAUCCUAACAGUGGGAGCAAGAGUCUGGUUCUUCCUACAUCUGUGAUUAUACUUGUAGCUGUUGUUGCUGUUGUUGUUGUAAUUAUGAUGAUAGCAGUAGCAGUAGCAGUAGUAUACUUGAAACGAAAGAAGUCAUCCCGUUCAGAUGGUGACUUCAGGGACAAUCAGAAUCUAGAAAUGACAGGAUUUUUAAUCACAGCAGAUACAAGGCAAACACAGGCAUCACAAGCUGAAAAUGGAAACAUGCUUCCACAUAAAUCAGAUACAGGAAAUCCAGAGGAAAAUGGGUCCCCUGGAGAGCAGGUUCAACAAGACAGUGAGGUGUCCUUACACUCCUCUGCUGGAUUGCCAUCAUCUGACACCAUAACGGGAGAAUAACAGGAGCACCAGGAUAGAUGGACUCUACAGAAGCUCACCAUGUCUUACAUGAGAAACAAGACCCUAAAUUUGUUUUUUUCUUUUCUUAAUUGUUCACCUGGUACUAUUUGUUCACCGCACAAGCUUCGAUGUCCCCAUGCAUCUUUGUGUUGCAGCUUUGUCUUCCGAGUUCACGGUUCGCAGUUAUCAGUUCAUGAGAUAAACUCUGCACUUGGGAUCGCUCUAUCGCAUGUCUCCAAGAGAUUGUGAUCUCCACUCUCUCCACACACAAAAUUAUAGUUUUGGUUCUUUCUGAAUUUUUUUUCUCUAUAGCUGAUAUUCCGUUUAUUAGCUAUUUGUACUGUUAUUCGUAUUUUAGCUGA